AUGUGGAUGCUGAACCCACACGAAGAGCAUCAUCAGGAAGUGUCAAACCCAGAAGACCAACCCCCCGGAAAGGCUGAAGGCAGAGGGCGUGUUCCUCUUUGUCACCCACCGGGGUCCUCGCACCGGCGUGGGCGAGCGGAGGGCACCCCGGCAGCGCGGUGGCACCCGCGCCAACGGCCACCUCCCCGGCCCGCGGUCGGUCGCAGGGGCCGAGAUUGCAGCCGGAGGUCCGGAAGCCGCGUCCGGCGCUGUCAGCGCGCCGGGUGGGAUGGGAGGAAGAGGGGGAAGGGCGCCGCGGGGCGGGGGAGACGAGAGGGGACGCGCGCGGAGCCCGCAGCCCGAGUCCCCGGAGGUGAGAGGAGGGUGCAAGGGGCGGCGCGGAGCCCGGAGGCCCCCGAGCUCCGGCUAUUGUUGCCGGGCUGCCCCGGGCCCGGAGGGCGACUCUCCCGCCUCAGUAGGGGAAGCCCGGUCCCACCCGCUGCCCCCUCCUCCGGGCAGGACCCGCGGGCCACGCAGCUACCUCCACCCGCGCCCCGGUCGGUCGGCUCCGGGCGCCCGACUCGCACAAGUUGCCGCCAGUCCGCCGGAAUCAUUGUUCGCCGCGCGCCUCCUACCUCCACGGCGCAGGCGGCUUCGGCUCCCACUCCCGGCCUCCGGGCUCCGCAGCUCCGAGUUCCCGGCGGCCGAGGGCGCGGCGGCUCCGGCUGCGCGUGCGGCGGGGACGCUCGGCUAUUAAUACCCGCGGGCGGCGGGGGCGGCGGCGGCGGCGCGGACGCGCGAGCGGGGCUGGCGGUGGCCGGCCGAGGUCCGAGCCAUCAAAGGUGGCGCGGGGAGGAGGGGAGGGCGGAGCAGGCGGGGUGGGUGGGGAGCGGGCUCAGGGUCGCCAUGGCCGCCUCGACGCCGGGCCGAGCGCCACUCGCGCGGGGAGGAGCGGCGCAAAGCGGGCGGCGGCCGCGUCCCCGCCCCGCGCGCCAGCCGAGCGCCCGCAGCCCUGCGCCCGCGCCGGCCCCGCCGCCUCCAGACCGGCAAGCGGGAAGUGAAGGAAGGCGAGCCCCUCCCCGGGCCGGCCCCUCAGCCGGGGGGAGCCCGGGCGCCGCGCAGCCCGAGCCGCGGGGACAGCGGGAGAGCCACAGCCCCCUCCAGCGUCCGCGCCCGCGACCUGCGUGCCGGCGCGCCCCACCCCGCUCCGCCCCGCCCCGGGGGCAGGUGCGCCGAGGGGCCGCCCGCCCGAGCGCCCCUCCCAGGCCGGGCGAGCCCACCUCCGAUCCGCGCCUUACUUGGUCCUACGGCCGGAGCCGGUCUCUCCGCUCGGCGCCGCGGGGCCGAGCGCCGGAAGCUCCGCGGAGUGCGCUGCGCCACCAGGGACGCGCCAGUCCAGCCUCUGUGGUUGAAAGCGAGCUAAGGCAGCGGGAGACGGGCGCACGGGCAACACCAGGAGCAGCUGGAGGAGGAUCGGUGGCGCGGACCCUGCAGGUCGCUGUUGAGGUUGUGCAAGGGGGAGCCCCGCCCGGGUGCCCACCUAGGACUUUACGUUGUCGCGCGGACAGCGGCGCUUCGCAGGGACCCGCGAGCACCACCCCUUCCCCGGGGCCACAGGAGCGGGCUUCCGGCACCACCCUGGGCUACGAGGGACUUAAUCCCAGAGGGGCAGUUGUCACCUCCCCUCCCCCCGCCGCGGCCCCGCGUCCUCCACCCCCCGCGAAUCCCCCGACAAUCCCCACCCCUACUCUCCCCCUCCGAGGACAGGAGCAGUGCCCCGCGGGGGGAAGGAGUGAAAUAGCUGGGAGCUGCCGCUUUACCACCUCCAUCCCCCUUUCCUCAGCCCCUGCCCUUGCCCUUUCUCCUCCUCGCUGUGGAUGGGCCCGCUGCACGUGGAGGGAAAAGGACGCGCGGCAGAAGGUUAGAAACGAAAGCGACCCUCUGCUAGAUGCCGAGGCUAGUGGGCACCCGCCCCUGACGGCCGCUGACCCCAGAACCCUGGUCGUUUUGCGCCUUAGAGAAGUUUUCAACCUCCAGCCUGGAGGCAGGUUUCUUGGGAGAGGCCACGACUGA